UUCUCUCAUACUCUAUAAAUUCUUCAUCCUGUUACCCUUCUUUUGGACUUGGUCUAUCUCUCUCAUUCUCUUCUUCUUCUCUUCCCAUAUCCCUAUAUCCUCGUUCCCCUCACAGACUGAUAAAUAAGUAGAAUUCACUUUUGUUCUCGCAGUUAGCUCAUGAAAAAUGCCUGGUUGGUGGGGGAGAAAAUCCGCCAAGAAGAUCACGAACGACCCACAGCUCAAUUCCCCCAAAUCUCCGAGUAGCGUCAAGAAUGAAAGGAUUGACAGAAGCGAUAGACCAAGGAGCCUCGGUGAGGUAUCAGGAAUGGUGGACGCGAGGAAUUCACCCAGAACCAGCAGAGAUUUUUCUAGCGCCCGAGGUUCUUCGGGUUCUGCUUCUGCUUUUAUGGACAAAGGGCUUCCGCUGCCGCAGCCGUCCGUGUCUUCUUUUGGAAAUGAUCUUGGGUUAGGGUUCGGGUUCGGAUCCGGGUCUGACUCAGGAUCGAGUGUUAGCUCUUCUGCUUCAUGUGAUGAUCAUAACCGCAUCGAUCGUGUUCAAUUCACCUCUUUAAGAGGAGUUGGAGAUAACAAGCAGAGUCCAGUUUCACAAAGCCCUGUCCGUUCAAGAGCUCCUACAACUAAUUCUUCACCUCGACACCCCCAUUGUGGAGGUGCUAAUUUGGAUUCUCCAACAGGAAGGAUGGAUGAAUGGAAGAGUGAAUGCCAUCGGUUGCCUCUUCCACCUGCCUCUCCCACUCUUAUACCAGGUUCUCCAACCAGCCCCUCUUCUGCUUUGUCAAAUCCAAGAACUUUUUUUGCUGAAGGUUCAAAUGGUAAUUUGUCAAAAUGGAAGAAAGGAAGGCUUUUGGGAAGAGGCACAUUUGGCCAUGUUUAUCUUGGAUUCAACAGUGAGAAUGGGCAAAUGUGUGCAAUAAAAGAAGUCCGAGUUGCUGCAGAUGAUCAGACAUCCAAAGAAUGCCUCAAGCAAUUGAACCAGGAGAUCACUUUGCUCAGUCAAUUUUUGCAUCCAAGCAUUGUUCAAUACUAUGGAAGUGAACUGGGUGAAGAAACACUCUCAGUUUACUUGGAGUAUGUCUCUGGGGGUUCCAUCCAUAAAUUGUUGCAAGAAUAUGGGCCAUUUAAGGAGGCUGUUAUCCAAAAUUAUGUUAGGCAAAUUCUAUCUGGCCUUGCCUACUUGCAUGCAAGAAAUACUGUGCAUAGGGAUAUUAAAGGAGCAAAUAUAUUAGUAGAUCCCAAUGGUGAAAUCAAGCUUGCAGAUUUUGGCAUGGCAAAACAUAUUACUUCGUGUUCUUCAAUGCUAUCUUUCAAAGGAAGUCCCUAUUGGAUGGCACCCGAGGUGGUGAUGAAUACAAAUGGCUAUAACCUUGCAGUAGAUAUAUGGAGUUUGGGCUGUACAAUUCUUGAAAUGGCAACAUCAAAGCCGCCUUGGAGUCAGUAUGAAGGGGUUGCUGCAAUAUUUAAGAUUGGAAACAGCAAAGAUAUGCCUGCGAUUCCUGAUCACCUGUCCAGUGAAGCAAAAAGUUUUAUAAGGCUAUGCUUGCAGCGAGAGCCAUCAGCACGACCCACAGCAUCACAACUUCUGGAUCACCCUUUCAUUAAAGACCAAAACACAUCAAAAGUUGCCCAUCGUAAUGUAAUCAAUGAAGUACAACCUCGGAGCUUUGAUGGGAGCUGUACACCGCCGGCGGCCCUGGAGCUGCUGCAUCCUAGCCAAAGAAAUUUUGCUUCUCUUGAUGGAGACUACGCAGUGAACCACAUGGUAAAUGUGUUUAGACCCAUGAUUAGUUCAAGAGACAAUGCAAAAACCAUUACGUCUUCAUUGCCUGUAUCACCAUGUUCAAGUCCUCUAAGACGACAUAGUGAAGAAGCACGCAGGAGCUGUUAUCUUUCUCCUCCAAACCCAUCAUCUUAUCAUCCUUUCGCCACCACCCAAUUUGGAAACAACCAUCCCGACUACUCCUCAACCUUUGCAGCAAGAGUCAACACAAGGAACACACUGGAUCCAUGGCUUGAUAUUCCUCAAUAUAGAACACAAACACCUGGUAGAUCUUCAACAAGAACAAUGCCCAUUCUCUAGUUAGGAAAACUUUCCAUCCUCUGAUCCAACCAAGAUUGCCACUACAGUUUGAAGCGCAACGAAUCAACUGCAAUGUUGCAUUCGAUUCAGGGUACUUCUAACUAACUACUGCUGUGUUUUCCCCUCUUGUUUGUUGGUGAGUGGGCAAUUUUGGAUGAUCAGAUCAGUCUUCUUCAGUUGCAGCAAUUCACCAUCCCACUGGCUACUAUCUUGGGUAUAUAUUAUAUAAUAAUUGUAUUGUGUAUGUAAAUUAUACUUUUUCUUCUCUGAAAUGUAAAUGAAAGAUGACACCUCUAUAUUAUAUUAUUAUUAUAUAUAGACUUGAAAGGAAGGUCCUAUAUCUCCUUGAUCUUUAA